AUGUCCGCAUCCUCCAUCAAGCAGCUCGUCGUCGACCUCCAAAAGGCUUCGGCGCCGACGACGAUCAACGACAUCCUGAAAGCGCUGACGGCGGCCAAGGUCACGGUGGCCAUGCUCCACGAGUUCAAGUGCGGCGCCGUCGUGUCGAAGCUGCGCAAGCACGAGGACGCCGGCGUGUCGGCGUCGGCCAAGGCCCUCAUCAAGAAGUGGAAGGAGCUCGCGGCGGCCGCCGGCGUGCCGUCGACGCCGCGCGCCUCCGGCUCGAGCCCGCGCGAGGGCCAGGCGUCGUCGACCGCCGAGACCGCGGCGGGCUUCGAGGUCGCGGACCUCGGCGAUGCCGUGCGCCAGAGCUCGCGGAAGAAGCUCCUCGAGGUGCUCUCCGAGGGCGGCGCGCCCGCGGGCGCCGCGCGCGCGGCCGAGGCCGUCGAGCGCGAGAUGCACGGGCGCUGGGCGAACCUCGCCGACGCCAACGUGAAGCGCGACUACGUCGCGAAGCUGCGCCAGCUCAGCUUCAACCUCAAGAAGAACCCGGACCUCCGCGCGCGCGUCGCCGGCGGCGGCGUCACGCCCGCGGAGCUCUGCUCCAUGUCCGUCGACGAGCUCGCGACGCAGGAGGUCCAGGCCGAGCGCAAGAAGAUGGCCGAGUUCCAGCACGACGCCCGCUCCCUCGACUGGGACAAGAAGAACCGCGACCGCAAGACCAUGUACCCCUGCGGCAAGUGCAAGUCGACGAAGGUCUCCAACUACGAGAAGCAGACGCGCUCCGGCGACGAGCCCAUGACCCAGUUCUUCGAGUGCGCCGACUGCGGCAACCGGUGGCGCUUCUAA